AUGUCGGAUAAAUCAAUGCACUAUUAUGCUGGAAUUGAAGGUGGGGCAACAAAAUCAAAAGUUCUUCUGCUGGAUUCUCAGGGUCACAUUUUAUCUGAAGCUGAUGGACCUUGCACCAAUCAAUGGCUCAUUGGUUUUGAUGAAUGUCUGAAGCAAGUUGAUAAAAUGAUAAUGAAAGUUAAAAUUGCAGCUGAAAUUGGUCCUGAAGUAAAACUGAAGGGUUUGGGCUUGUCACUGAGUGGAGGAGAUGAAAAAGAUACCCAAGAGAAAUUAACAUCUGAAAUUUUCCAGAACUAUGGUCAUUUAACAGAAAGCAUUUAUGCUUGUAGUGAUACACAAUGUGCAAUGUAUACUGCCACAGAUAAAGGUGGAAUUGUGCUGAUUGCUGGUACUGGUUCUAAUUGUCAGUUGAUCAAUUGUGAUGGCACAAUGCAUCGAUGUGGAGGUUGGGGCCAUUUAUUAGGAGAUGAAGGCUCAGGCUACUGGAUUGCAUUAAAAGCAAUAAAAACCUAUUUUGAUCAUGAAGACAACAUGGAAGUUUGCCCAUAUGAUGUGACCUAUGUCAAAGAUGCUAUGCUCAAAUAUUUCAAUAUUGACAACAAAGCAAACUUGUUGCAUUAUAUUUACUCUGACUUUGAGAAAUCAAAAAUUGCUGGAUUUUGUCUUGAAAUUGUAAAAGGUGCCAAAGGAGGAGAUCCUCUUUGUUUACAUAUCUUCAAUGAUGCUGGAAAAAUAUUGGCCAAACAUGUUAAUGCUUUGGUUCCAAAAAUAGAUGAGGAAUUGUUAAUUUGUAAAGGAGGUCUUCAUAUUGUAUGUGUUGGAUCGAUCUGGAAAAGCUGGGAAUUUAUAAGAGAUGGUUUUCUUAAUACUUUGCUUUCAUCUGGUGUCCAAUGCAGAAAAUUCAAAGAAUUAACUUUAUUGAGAUUGAAGAAGAAUGGUGCAAUUGGAGCUGCUUACCUUGGUGCCAAGGCAACUGAUUACAUUUUGCCUUUAGAUUAUGAAAACAAUGUUGAUAUUUUUUUUCACAAAGAAUUGUGA